UAUUGGCACAGUGUGACAGUUUACAUAUGGAAGCUAGUAUCUUUCGGAUAGCUUGCCCUGUACAAAUCCUCAUAUGCAACAACUGUCAGAUGCUCUACUUGACCUGGGUGACAGCCCAUCAGUCCCUGACUUCAUGACAUUUAUGCAGCUUGUGACUACAAUAGAGGCUGCUGAGAAAUGAAUGAAAGGCUGUGCUGAUUAGACACAGUCAAGGAGACAACCCUGUCAAAGACGAAAACACGCCAAGUGAAUUUCAGCAGGACUGUAGCCUGAUGAGGCUCCCAUCGAAGUCAGAAACUGCCUUUGGGAAACUUCUUCUGAGAUCCGGGAGCUGUUGAAGAAGGCCCCGAUGCAGAAAUGUGCUUUAUCUUCAAGUUGGGGAAACUGAACUAAAUUGUCAAAAGGCUCAUCUUCAAUUUUCUCAGCCUUUGCAGGAGAGGAAAUAGAGACCAGCCAUUGGAAGGCUGGGUUCCUUCUUCUAUUUCUGUAAGCUUGGGCUGCAGGUGACUUCCGAUCCUGACUUCCCCAAAUCUCUGCAAGCCGCUACCUCUUGACUCCGAGGUGAAUUCUUUUUUCGGUGAGAGACCACCUCCGGCUGCAGCCCCCGACUUGCUCCCCAUGCUGCUGAGGCUCUUGCUGUUGAUGUGUGCUCCACUCUGCGGACAAACCGAGCUGCUUCUGACAGCCAGACCCUCUCAGCCCAUAGAGGGGAACUCAAUGACCCUGACCUGCAAGACACAGCAACGUCCGCAGAAGCCAGAUGUCCAGCUUGAAUUCUGCUUCUUCAGAGACAGCCAGGCUCUGGGGCUGGGCUGGAGCAGCUCCCCGGAGCUCCAGAUCGCCACCAUGUGGAGGGAAGACUCGGGGUCCUAUUGGUGUGAAGAAAAGAUAGUAACCCUGAAAGACACACGGAGCUGGAGUCGGAGCCGGAGAGUCCCUAUUUCUGUGCAGAGAAUCCCCAUCUGGGAUGUGAGCUUGGAGACACAGCCUCCUGGGGGACAUGUCAUGGAGGGAGAGAAGCUGGUUCUCAUCUGCUUGGCUGCUCGGGGCACGGGAAACAUCACCUUCUUGUGGUACAAAGGGGCCCUGGGUUUAGCCCUGGAAAAAAAGACCCAGCGUUCACUGGCAGCGAAGUUUGAGAUCCCUAUGGUGACGGAGAGGGAUGCUGAGAAAUAUUACUGUGCGGCCGACAAUGGCUAUGGCCCCAGUCUCAGCGGGCUGGUGAGCGUCACUGUCAGAAUUCCAGUGUCCCGCCCCGUCCUCACCCUCAAGGCUCCCGGGGCCCAGGCUGUGGUGGGGGACGUGGUGGAGCUCCGCUGUGAGGCCCAGAGAGGCUCUCCCCCGAUCCUGUACUGGUUUUAUCAUAAGAAUGUCACCCUGGGGAGCAGCUCAGCCCCAUUUGGAGGAGGAGCGUCCUUCAACCUCUCUCUGACGGCAGAACAUUCUGGAAACUACUCCUGUGAGGCCAACAAUGGCCCGGAGGCCCAGCGCAGUGAGAUGGUGGCACUCAACAUCACAGUGCCUGCGGAGGACAGAAGAGUACUUCUUACUUCAGUCAUGGAGGGGCUGCUCGGGAUCCUUGGUCCCACCACAGGGGCCCUAUUAUUCUGCUGUUGGCUCAAGAGAAAAAUAGGAAGACGUGCAGCCAGGGACCCAAUGAGGCACCCUCCCAGCCCUACACCCCAGGAAUCCACCUACCUCAACUCAGCGGCCCCAGAGCAUCAGCAGCCUGUAUAUGGAAAUGUGAAUGUUGUGAGUGGCGAUGAGGUUUACUCUUUGGUGUACUGCAUGCAGCAGGAGCGGCCAACAGCAGCAGGCAAGCCCCCGAGGACACGGAUUGAUGACAGGGACGCCUCAGACAUCUACUUUAGGCUGAAGCAGGAAAAUGUUGCAGAGGCGGACUAUGAAGACGCUAUGUAAAGUCACAGGAGCUUCUGCUCUCUGACAACCAGGCAUGACCCAGGGCAUCAGAACCAGCAGGUCCUUUAGAGACCCCGAGGGAGUCAGCUGCCAGGACGCCUCCCCCGGGUGCUGUCCUCCAUGACACUCUUCGUCAUCUGCUGUGAGGUGAAGUUGGCUGGGGCCCUGAAGAAACCAGUCGCGAGAAAUACCAUGAACCCAGGAGUGGGAAGGGCUUCGUCACCGGAACCGAUUCCUACUGGUUCCUUCAGGCACAAGUCAGAUUGUGUUCUAACUUCUUUUUACAAGAGGAGACAGGAUGGGAUAGAAGAACGUGUAGGGUAGAACAGUGAAGCUUGCUUAGCAGGCACAAACCCAAGGUUAGUGAUUUUGUGGGACUGCUGCAUACAGAGAGCUGUGUCCCAUCAUUUUGUCCAAAUGCUUUCCCGGCUCAGACAGUAUAGAACUCCCACCCAGCCACUUACACUAAUCAUCGUGCACUGGGGUCAUUGUCCUCAAGUUAGAAUCAAAACAAAGUUACAUAAAACUUAACUGUAGUUACAUUUAGUUUGGGUGACAUACCUUGUAUGCACAGGCCAGCCUAGAUCCCCUAUAUUUAUAAUGAAAUAUAACUUUGUCGGUUUUACCACAUCCAAAGUUCUGUAUUUGUUGUGGCCUCUAGAAGGUUUAUGAAUAUAAUAAUUUUUCUUCUUUUAUUCACGUACUUUUUGAAAAUGUGAUAAUAUGGUUUGGAACCUGAAUUUUAAUUCCAAAGCAAUUAAAUGCUAACUCUUAUCAAUUGAAACAUUUUUGAAGUAUGUAAUAUAAAAUGCUGAAGUCUUCCCUAUAAUCUAAUUCCACAAGUGGUACCCAUUGUGAAAAACUUAGCACCAUUAAAAUCGUAGCUCUGCAGAUAUUUAUCUAUUUCUGUACAAAUGCUUAUACAUGCAUGUAAAUAUUGUAUAUUUAGAACUACACCUAUUUAACAAAAUAUCAUGAAAUAUUUUCAGAUUUGUAGGUAAGUCUGUUGUACCAUUUUAAAAGGCUGUGUAGGAUUCUGUUUUCAAAAUGCAUUUUUUCUUUUUUUAUCUUGGUAAAAUAUAAUACCUCCAUUUGCCAUUUCAGCCAUUUUAAGUGUACAUUUCAGAGCCAUUAAAUAUUAUCAUAUUUUAAUCCUUUCAAUCACUGAUAGACAUUAAGGUGGUUUCCAAAAUUUUAUAUUAUAAAAAAGGUGCUAAAAUAAAUGUCCUUGCAGUAGCAUUUCGUCUGAAGGAUGUUUGUAAAUCAGAGAUGGCUACAUUUUAAGCUAUGCAUAUUCAGUAGUCUUGUUAAACACUUGUAAAUUGCUGAGCAAUUUACACAUGCAGCAACUGUGUGUGAGAGCAUCAGUUUGUGGGAGAAAAGUAUCAUUGUUUCAAGGAAAUUGUUUCAAAUUACUAAUGCAAUCAAGCAUUUUUCCAAAAAUUCAUUGUUAAUUUAUAGUUCUUCUAAAAGCUUCCUGUGUUUAUUUUUUGCCCAUUUUCUCUGUGUUGGUCUUUUUCUUAUAGCUCUUAUUGGAACUGUUUAUUCAGGUUAAUUUAUGUACAGCAAAAUGCAUGGAUUUUAUGUUCUUGGCUCCGUCAGUCUGACAAAUGCAGACAUUGAAGUAAUUCCAAUUUCUAUCAUGAUAUGAAGUAUUUCCAUCACUCCAGAAUAUUCCCUCAUAUGUUUUGGGGGACAUUCCUUCAUAUGUUUUCUAUAUUACUAUGUUAUAAAAAAACUCAUAUUUCUUUAA